AUGGGUUCACAAGCCGUUCUUUUCACCGUGAUAGGUGCGGUCAUCCUCCUGUUGAACACAACAGGUACACUGUCUGCUCACCACGACCCACAUCAGAUUCACCACCGUCGUCAUAAUCAAACCUCCCCAACGAGCAGUGACGCCAAUACUCGGUCUCCUCCUUAUGGAGCUGCUCUGAUUCAAGAUGCAGCGGCGUCCGAUGCUUCCAUGGACAGCAAAGGAGAUGCUCAAGAAGACACUGAACGAGAGGGCAGGAAACAGCAUCAUCACCAUCAUCAUCCACACCACAACGAUUCUCAUUCCACUUCAAAGUUAUCAGACCUUGAGGAAACUCUAGCGAAAGACGAGGCACAAGCAGCAGAAGAUUGGGCUUUUCUCCAGGGAGACGACCCGAGACAAGGGCAAGUCGACCAUCUUGCUUUGGGAGAACCAGACCUCGAGAAAGCCAGCAUUAAAGAGAGUGACACCCAAAACAAACCCAUCUACCAAAACUCACCAAACGAUCAGGGCACGGGGUCAAAAACUUCGAUCGAGAGUGACAGUAGUGGCAUUCAUCCUGAAGACACAAUUAUUCUCGACGCUCAGAACAGCACCAAGUAUGUUUCUGAAUUUCUUCGUUUCUUCAACAUACCGUUUCCAUCCAUUCAUGCAGACGAAAGCCUAGAACUAUCAACCAAGCAAACCACUUCCCUCAUGGAAGAUCCAGCACAGACCUCGCUCAAACCUACUUUAGACAUUUUAGACAUUUUGCAUGAAAGUACCAUACCAUUUUUAGGCAGCACAGGCAAGCCUGUCGGCAAAGACGUCGUUGACACAACCAUUGCCAGUGAAAGUACUUUUGUGGCAACAACAACUUUAAUGGAAACAUCUCUAUCAGUGUCAACACAAAGCACGGCCAAGUCUACAAGCACCUCAGUCACGCCUGUCGACACAGACAUUAUCGACAUCGAGGGAGAAGAUAGUGCUAAAACAACAACACCUUUUACAGAAGCAUCUCCAUCAGUUACAUCACCAGGUACGACUCAAUCUACAAGCCUUUCCGUCAAGCCUGUCGAUACAGACAUUAUCGACAUAGUCCUAGAGGGUGAAGAUAGUGAUAACACAACAACACCUUUAAUGCAAACAUCUCGCCCAGUGACAACACAAGGCAUGACUCAAUCUACAAGCACUUCAGUCAAGCAUGUCGAUACGGACAUUAUCAACAUAGUCCUGGAGGGUGGAGAUAGUGCUAACAGAACAACACCUUUAAUGCAAACAUCUCGCCCAGUUACAUCACAAGGCACGACUCAAUCUACAAGCAUUUCCGUCAAGCCUGUCGAUACAGACAUUAUCGACAUAGUCCUAGAGGGUGAAGAUAGUGAUAACACAACAACACCUUUAAUGCAAACAUCUCCAUCAGUGACAUCACAAGGCACGACUCAAUCCACAAGCACUUCAGUCAAGCCUGUCGAUACAGACAUUAUCGACAUAUUUCUAGAGGGUGAAGAGCGUGCAAACACAACCACAACUUUAACGCAAUCAUCUCCGUCAGUCACAACACAAGAUAUGAGUCAAUCUACAAGCACACCAGUCAAGCCUGUCGAUACAGACAUUAUCGACAUAGUCCUACGGGGUGAAGAUAGUGCUAACACAACAACACCUUCAAUGCAAACAUCUCGCCCAGUUACAUCACCAGGCACGACUCAAUCUACAAGCAUUUCCGUCAAGCCUGUCGAUAUAGACAUUAUCGACAUAGUCCUAGAGGGUGAAGAUAGGGAUAACACAACAACACCUUUAAUGCAAACAUCUCCAUCAGUGACAUCACAAGGCACGACUCAAUCCACAAGCACCUCAGUCAAGCCUGUGGAAACAGACAUUAUCAACAUAGUUCUAGAGGGUGAAGAUAGUGCUAACGCAACCUCUGCUUUAAUGGAAACAUCUCUAUCAGUGUCAACACAAAGCACGGCCAAGUCUACAAGCACCUCAGUCACGUCUGUCGACACAGACAUUAUCGACAUAGAGGGAGAAGAUAGUGCUAAAACAACAACACCUUUUGCAGAAGCAUCUCCAUCAGUUACAUCACCAGGCACGACUCAAUCUACAAGCAUUUCCGUCAAGCCUGUCGAUACAGACAUUAUCGACAUAGUCCUAGAGGGUGAAGAUAGUGCUAACACAACAACACCUUCAAUGCAAACAUCUCGCCCAGUUACAUCACCAGGCACGACUCAAUCUACAAGCCUUUCCGUCAAGCCUGUCGAUACAGACGUUAUCGACAUAGUCCUAGAGGGUGAAGAUAGGGAUAACACAACAACACCUUUAAUGCAAACAUCUCCAUCAUUGACAUCACAAGGAACGACUCAAUCCACAAGCACCUCAGUCAAGCCUGUGGAAACAGACAUUAUCAACAUAGUUCUAGAGGGUGAAGAUAGUGCUAACGCAACCUCUGCUUUAAUGGAAACAUCUCUAUCAGUGUCAACACAAAGCACGGCCAAGUCUACAAGCACCUCAGUCACGCCUGUCGACACAGACAUUAUCGACAUAGAGGGAGAAGAUAGUGCUAAAACAACAACACCUUUUACAGAAGCAUUUCCAUCAGUUACAUCACCAGGCACGACUCAAUCUACAAGCCUUUCCGUCAAGCCUGUAGAUACAGGCAUUAUCGACAUAGUCCUAAAGGGUGAAGAUAGGGAUAACACAACAACACCUUUAAUGCAAACAUCUCCAUCAGUGACAUCACAAGGCACGACUCAAUCCACAAGCACCUCAGUCAAGCCUGUGGAAACAGACAUUAUCAACAUAGUUCUAGAGGGUGAAGAUAGUGCUAACGCAACCUCUGCUUUAAUGGAAACAUCUCUAUCAGUGUCAACACAAAGCACGGCCAAGUCUACAAGCACCUCAGUCACGCCUGUCGACACAGACAUUAUCGACAUAGAGGGAGAAGAUAGUGCUAAAACAACAACACCUUUUGCAGAAGCAUCUCCAUCAGUUACAUCACCAGGCACGACUCAAUCUACAAGCCUUUCCGUCAAACCUGUCGAUACAGACAUUAUCGACAUAGUCCUAGAGGGUGAAGAUAGUGAUAACACAACAACACCUUUAAUGCAAACAUCUCGCCCAGUGACAACACAAGGCAUUACUCAAUCUACAAGCACCUCACUCAAGCCUGUCGAUACGGACAUUAUCAACAUAGUCCUGGAGGGUGGAGAUAGUGCUAACACAACAACACCUUUAAUGCAAACAUCUCGCCCAGUUACAUCACAAGGCACGACUCAAUCUACAAGCCUUUCCGUCAAGCAUGUCGAUACAGACAUUAUCGAUAUAGUCCUAGAGGGUGAAGAUAGGGAUAACACAACAACACCUUUAAUGCAAACAUCUCCAUCAGUGACAUCACAAGGCACGACUCAAUCCACAAGCACCUCAGUCAAGCCUGUGGAAACAGACAUUAUCAACAUAGUUCUAGAGGGUGAAGAUAGUGCUAACGCAACCUCUGCUUUAAUGGAAACAUCUCUAUCAGUGUCAACACAAAGCACGGCCAAGUCUGCAAGCACCCCAGUCACGCCUGUCGACACAGACAUUAUCGACAUAGAGGGAGAAGAUAGUGCUAAAACAACAACACCUUUUACAGAAGCAUCUCCAUCAGUUACAUCACCAGGCACGACUCAAUCUACAAGCCUUUCCGUCAAGCCUGUCGAUACAGACAUUAUCGACAUAGUCCUAGAGGGUGAAGAUAGUGAUAACACAACAACACCUUUAAUGCAAACAUCUCCAUCAGUAACAACACAAGGCAUGACUCAAUCUACAAGCACCUCAGUCAAGCCUGUCGAUACGGACAUUUUCGACAUAGUCCUAGAGGGUGAAGAUAGUGAUAACACAACAACACCUUUAAUGCAAACAUCUCCAUCAGUGACAUCACAAGGCACGACUCAAUCCACAAGCCUUUCUGUCAAGCCUGUCGAUACAGACAUUAUCGACAUAGUCCUAGAGGGUGAAGAUAGUGAUAACACAACAACACCUUUAAUGCAAACAUCUCCACCAGUGACAUCACAAGGCACGACUCAAUCCACAAGCACCUCAGUCAAGCCUGUGGAAACAGACAUUAUCAACAUAGUUCUAGAGGGUGAAGAUAGUGCUAACGCAACCUCUGCUUUAAUGGAAACAUCUCUAUCAGUGUCAACACAAAGCACGGCCAAGUCUACAAGCACCUCAGUCACGCCUGUCGACACAGACAUUAUCGACAUAGAGGGAGAAGAUAGUGCUAAAACAACAACAACACCUUUUACAGAAGCAUCUCCAUCAGUUACAUCACCAGGCACGACUCAAUCUACAAGCCUUUCCGUCGAGCCUGUCGAUACAGACAUUAUCGACAUAGUCCUAGAGGGUGAAGAUAGGGAUAACACAACAACACCUUUAAUGCAAACAUCUCCAUCAGUGACAUCACAAGGCACGACUCAAUCCACAAGCACCUCAGUCAAGCCUGUGGAAACAUACAUUAUCAACAUAGUUCUAGAGGGUGAAGAUAGUGCUAACGCAACCUCUGCUUUAAUGGAAACAUCUCUAUCAGUGUCAACACAAAGCACGGCCAAGUCUACAAGCACCUCAGUCACGCCUGUCGACACAGACAUUAUCGACAUAGAGGGAGAAGAUAGUGCUAAAACAACAACACCUUUUACAGAAGCAUCUCCUUCAGUUACAUCACCAGGCACGACUCAAUCUACAAGCCUUUCCGUCGAGCCUGUCGAUACAGACAUUAUCGACAUAGUCCUAGAGGGUGAAGAUAGGGAUAACACAACAACACCUUUAAUGCAAACAUCUCGCCCGGUGACAACACAAGGCAUGACUCAAUCUACAAGCACCUCAGUCAAGCAUGUCGAUACGGACAUUAUUAACAUAGUCCUGGAGGGUGGAGAUAGUGCUAACACAACAACACCUUUAAUGCAAACAUCUCGCCCAGUUACAUCACCAGGCAUGACUCAAUCUACAAGCCUUUCCGUCAAGCCUGUCCAUACAGACAUUAUCGACACAGUCCUAGAGGGUGAAGAUAGUGAUAACACAACAACACCUUUAAUGCAAACAUCUCCAUCAGUGACAUCACAAGGCACGACUCAAUCCACAAGCACCUCAGUCAAGCCUGUGGAAACAGACAUUAUCAACAUAGUUCUAGAGGGUGAAGAUAGUGCUAACGCAACCUCUGCUUUAAUGGAAACAUCUCUAUCAGUGUCAAAACAAAGCACGACCAAGUCUACAAGCACCUCAGUCACGCCUGUCGACACAGACAAUAUCGACAUCGAGGGAGAAGAUAGUGCUAAAACAACAACACCUUUUACAGAAGCAUCUCCAUCAGUUACAUCACCAGGUACGACUCAAUCUACAAGCCUUUCCGUCAAGCUUGUCGAUACAGACAUUAUCGACAUAGUCCUAGAGGGUGAAGAUAGUGAUAACACAACAACACCUUUAAUGCAAACAUCUCCAUCAGUGACAUCACAAGGCACGACUCAAUCCACAAGCACUUCAGUCAAGCCUGUCGAUACAGACAUUAUCGACAUAUUCCUAGAGGGUGAAGAGCGUGCAAACACAACCACAACUUUAACGCAAUCAUAUCCGUCAGUCACAACACAAGAUAUGAGUCAAUCUACAAGCACACCAGUCAAGCCUGUCGAUACAGACAUUAUCGACAUAGUCCUACGGGGUGAAGAGAGUACCAACACUACGACACCACGGUCGGUGCAACAAGCUACCCAAUCAACAAGCAGCUUGACACAAAUUUCUGGCAGUUCAGUCAAAGCAUACACAACAUUACCCACAACAGUCCAUACUGAAAAAGCUGCGUCGAAUGGAACGAUCUAUUUUGUUGAUAAGACAGAAACACUUAACAUACAAGAUGGUACCUUAAAGGAACAGCGUGUCACUCCUUCUGAUAGGCCCAACAGUCUCACAAGCACCAGCCAAUCUGUCACCAACGACACACAAACACAUUUUGUGUUUUUUGAAGUUGAAAUUAUUGAAGAACAUGUACGAGACCCAGUAUUAAAAACGACACCCCCAACACCAACAUUGCAUCGUAGUGCGACACCAAGCGGCACUUCGAAACAAACCGAAGUCACCUCGAAAACUACUGCACCAUCAACAUCUGCUGCAAGUUCAUCAGGUCAGCCUAUAGUCAGAGUAGGCAACGGCAGUGGAUUCAACAAGGGUACAACUACAGUGUCAAGCAAGCCCACGACACUGCCGCCAAGAACACAGCAAAGUACUACAUCAACCAGUACCAUCUCGGUUCAGCAUGAUGAACAAGACAUCGAAGAAAAAAAAGGUGGGUCGGGAGAAGUGUAUGUCAGUCCAGUUUCUUCAACCAAGCACAAUACAGCACCACCUACUACAUCUACGAGCAGCUCAACAACAGCUCUUCAUCCAGAACCAGAACCAACUCAAAAGAAUCAGUCAGUGGUUCCAGUCGUGUUUGUGGCAGAACCAGAACCAACGCCUGAGCAUACACCUGAACCAACCACAGCUUUUCAUUCAGAACUAGAACCAACUCAAAAGAAUCAGUCAGUGGUUCCAGUCGUGCUUGUGGCAGAACCAGAACCAACGCCUCUGCAAACGCCUGAAUCAGUAACAACUUUUCAUUCAGAACCAGAACCAACUCUUAAGAAUCAGUCAGUGAUUCCAGUCGUGCUUGUUGCAGAACCAGAACCAACGGCCGAGCAUACACCAGAAUCAACAGCAGCUAUUCAUUCAGAACCAGGAACUACUCAAAAUGAGCAGCCACGGAUUCCAGUCAUGAUUCAAGCAGAAACAGAGCCAACGUCCACGAUUAAGCCUGUUCAAACAGACUUCUUGCAAACAGAACCAAAAGCAUCGUCUGAAUCACAGCCAUUGCUGCCCAUAGUUCCCCUUGACACGACUGCAAAGCCAGCGAGCAGCCCCAGAUCAGAAUCAUCAACAAUGAGCAUUCCCACAACAGUCCACUCUGCAAUUGACUCCAUAAAAGACAAGGUGACUCCACUUCACACGGAAACGACUGCAAUGCUUGCGAGCAGUCCAAAAUCAGAAUCAACAGCCGUAUCAGAACCAUUGUCGACAACUUCUCCAUCGCAAAGAAGCAAUCCCACUGCAAUGACUGCAAGACUACGGAGUAGUCCCACGUCGGAAUCAACACCCGUAUCAAAACCGUUGUCGACAACUCCCCCAUCUCUAAAGAGCAAUCCUACUGCACCUGUGAUCGACCUGAUAAGUGACAAAGUCAGUCACUCAUCGUCGACUCCACUUCAAACGGAUAGUAGCGUUACAACUCGCCUAGUAUCGACACAUGCCAGUACGAAAGCCACCGCUUCGUCGACAAGAAGACUAGACGAGGCCGAGGACAUCGGGGUAAAGUUCACCGGAAAGUUUCGUAUUAUUAUUGUGGAUGGAGAGCUUGCUGUGUAUACGUCAGACCUGAAUGAUCCCAACUCUCCAAAAUACAACAUGUUCGCCGACAUCGUUCGCACUGCGGUCUUGGAAGCCCUGAGCGACUACGGAAACUACAUCGGGAGUUGCCAAGUGGUGAAGUACGAGCCCGGCAGCGUCAUUGCGUACUACGACCUCAAGGUCAGCGAGGGCGCCCAAAUCACCUCGCCUGAUAUCAGAACACAACUGAUCAGUUCCUUCAACUACUCGGACAAACCAGUGUUCUCCAGAGUGAGCGUGGACCUGCAAUCGUUCACAGUGACAAGAAUUCAAGAGAGCGACGGCGAACUUACAACGAAUGCCGCUUCCAAACAUGAUGACGUAGGGGGUCUAGGCACCGGCGGUGUGGUGGCCAUUGUACUGACGUGUAUUCUACUAGCAUUCGUCAUUGUCGGCUUGAUCAUCCUCGUCGAGGUUCGCGAGAACAGGCGAGAGAAGAGGAGAACGGUAACAGCCGGGAAGUAUGAAGUAACGGACAAUGAUGGAACAGGUUCUCCAGUGUAAAACAAUGCUGCUUUUGUUUUAACACAGCCUCAAAGAUUUGUUGUAUAGCUGCUGAUACUAUAACAACUAUAGACCUUAUGCACAUGACGUCAUUUCAGUACGGCGCCCCCGCAUUGAGGUCAAAAGGAGGUUGU